CGAGUUGUCUAAAUGUCCGAGUUGUCUGACACUCGGAGCUCCCCGUGUUAAAUCCCUACCUAUGUCCGUCCCGGACCACCGUAGCUCGGUAACAGUCACUUUGAAGCGAGGUAGGAAGUCCCGAGGAGGUGCUGUAUCAACAAUGGACCACCUUAUGUUGAUAACGAUGGUAUUGGCGAUAUGUUCCACCUUUUCGGUAAACGGAGAAAGAUCCCUCCAGCUUGUUAAUGUGCUAUAUCGUCAUGGUGAUCGAACUCCUGUUGAUAUUUACCCGAGUGACCCACACAAAGCAGACACAUGGCCUGAGGGUCUUGGACAACUGACCACGCAUGGUAUGAAUAUGCACUACGAACUUGGUCAGUGGCUCCGUGAACGCUACAUGAAGUCGGGCUUUCUCAACGAAACGUAUAACAGGGAUGCGUUGCACGUUCGCAGCACCGACAAAGACCGUACACUGAUGUCGGCUGAGUCGGACUUGUCGGGACUGUACCCACCAAAGGGAAACCAAAUAUGGAAUAAUGGGUUAACGUGGAUGCCCAUUCCAGUACACACCAUUCCAUUGGAUCAAGAUUAUCUGCUGAAAACAAAUGGUCCUCCAUGUCCAAGAUACGAUGAACUCAAGAAAGAAACGACAACCACCAAGGAAUAUUUGGCAGUUCAAGAGAGAUACAAGGAUUUUUUGAAGAAUCUGACUAUAAAUACAGGAUUCAAAGAACCGUUGACUGUUUCUGACGUUUAUUUGGUGGAGGAUCCUCUUUUUGUUGAGCGGCUCCAUGGUUUCCGGUGGCCGGAUUGGGCCAACGUGACCGGUUUUUACAAAGACUUGAAAACCGUGUCGGAUAAAGGGAUGUAUUUCCUUUUCAACUCGAAAGACAAGAGUAGACUCAAGGGAGGACCAUUGCUCGGGGAAAUAAUAGAAAAUAUGCGCAACAAAUCAGAGACAAAGGACCCAAUGGAUCUCAGGAGAAAAUUCUACAUGUAUUCAGCGCAUGACACAACAGUGGCUGCCCUCCUGUCGGCAUUGGGCAUCUAUAAUGGCAUACAGCCACCUCUUGCAUCUUGUGUCAUCGUAGAGCUUUGGAAAGAGGAUGAUGGGGAAAACACUGUCAACAUUUUAUUCCGCAACGAUACUACGAAAGCUCCCUACCCCUUGGUGAACAAGAACUGUAAAGCGUCUUGUCCCCUGGGGAACUUCACAAUGCUCACCAAGGACAUGGUCCCCGAGGACAUCAAAGCUGCCUGUGGAAUCACCUCUCCAUUUCUGAGCAACAACAUCAGCAUCAUUAUCCUGAUAAGUAUCGUCAUCGGUCUACUUGUCGUCACCAUCCUUACGCUUAUUGGAGUUCUUAUCUGCCGUUGUCGUCAGUCCAAAAUCCGCCAUGUCCGACUACAGUCAGACGACACCAAAGCGUGACUAUUAGAGGUCAAAGAGGAAGAUGAAGAGGAAAUUUUAUAAGUUCUACUGCUCUUUCAGAAACAUAUACUUUUUAAAGUUUUUUCCCCACAGAAGCAAAAAAAAGGAAGUUCCAUACUAA